AUGAACCCGCUCUUCGGCCCCAACCUCUUCCUCCUGCCGCAGGAGCAGCAGGGGCUGGCGGGCCCCGAGCUGCCGCCGCCGCCGCCCGCCGCCGAGCCCCUGGGCGGGGAGCCGCCCGCCGGCCCCUUCCCCGCGCCGCCCGCCGCCAUGGCCCUCCGCAACGACCUGGGCUCCAACAUCAGCGUCCUCAAGACGCUGAACCUGCGGUUCCGCUGCUUCCUGGCCAAGGUCCACGAGCUGGAGCGGCGCAACCGGCAGCUGGAGAAGCAGCUGCAGCAGGCGCUGGAGGAGGGGGCGGGCGGCCGCGGCCGCGGACCCCCGCGCCGGGACCAGGCGGUGCAGACCGGCUUCGUGGGUCCCAUCCGCACCCUGGGGCUGGGGCUGGCGCCGGGGCUGGGGCUGGGCUCGGCUCGGGCGCUGGGGUCCCCCGGCUCCCGCCCCGGGGGUCCCGGCCAGCCCGCCGCCUACUCCGCCGGCUCCCGCUUCAUGCCCGGCACCAUCUGGUCCUUCUCGCAAGCGCGGCGGCUCGGCCCGGGGCCCGAGACCACCCUGGUGCAGGGACCCGGCGUCUCCUGGGUCCACCCCGACGGCGUGGGCGUGCAGAUCGACACCAUCACCCCCGAGAUCCGAGCCCUCUACAACGUGCUGGCCAAGGUGAAGAGGGAGCGCGACGAGUACAAGCGCAGAUGGGAAGAGGAGUACACGGUGCGUGUCCAGCUUCAGGACCGGGUGGCUGAGCUGCAGGAGGAAGCCCAGGAGGCUGAAGCUUGCCAGGAGGAGCUGGCCAUGAAGGUGGAGCAGCUCAAGGCAGAGCUUGUUGUCUUCAAGGGACUGAUGAGCAAUAAUAUCACGGAGCUCGACACCAAGAUCCAGGAGAAAGCCAUGAAGGUGGACAUGGACAUCUGCCGUCGCAUUGACAUCACUGCCAAGCUGUGUGACGUGGCACAGCAGCGGAACUGCGAGGACAUGAUCAAGAUGUUUCAGAAGCAACUGGUUAGUUCCAUUCAGUUGAGAAAUUUUAAAAAUUUUAAACUUUCUUUUAAAAAGUCUCUGCACUUGUCUCCCGUUAAGGUCCCAGCCUCGGUGGGGCGGAAGCGGGAGCGCAGGCAGGUCAGCGACGAGGACACCUCGCUGUCGGAGAGCGAUGCCUCCCGGAAGCCCGACGAGGAGGAGGAGGACGAGACCACGGCCAUGAGUAUCAAUGAGGAAAUGCAGAGGAUGCUGAACCAGCUGAGGGAAUAUGACUUUGAGGACGACUGUGACAGCCUCACGUGGGAGGAGACAGAAGAAACGCUGCUCCUCUGGGAGGACUUCUCUGGAUACGCCAUUGCAGCCGCAGAGGUGCAGGGGGAGCAGCAGGAUGACAGCCUGGAGAAGGUGAUCAAGGACACGGAGUCACUGUUCAAGAGCCGUGAGAAGGAGUACCAGGAAACCAUCGACCAAAUAGAGCUGGAACUGGCCACAGCCAAAAAUGACAUGAACCGGCACCUGCACGAGUACAUGGAGAUGUGCAGCAUGAAGCGAGGCUUGGAUGUGCAGAUGGAGACUUGCCGGCGGCUCAUCACCCAGUCUGGGGACAGAAAGUCUCCUGCCUUCACCCCGACCUCCAACAGCGAGUCGGCCCCGAAUGAGGAGAGCGAGGAGUCCGACCGUGAUCCCCCCAGCGAUGCUUCCAUCAGAUAAUGAGGGGAGGCCCGGCUCCCUCGGACCCCCUUCCUGGCACGGGGUUGCCUGAGUCACACCUGGGAGAGACUGUCAGGGACGUGGAACUGCUGGUAAACGUCUGUCACCCAGGCUCACUCCCGUUUUGGGGUGCUUGGCAGACCCCACACACCCCCUCACCGGAUACCCUGCAAAUGGGAAUAGCUAGAUAGACCUGAGGGCCCUUGCCCGGGCUGCUCCGCCUUCAGCCCCUUCUCCGUUCCCUUUCCCUGCUUUGGGUAAGCCGUGGUUCGGGCAGGGAGGCUCCAAACCUGCCACGGGGGCGUUCUGCAGAACGUGCUCCCAGGCCCACCUCCUCCGGCCUCCGUCCUGGCACACCUGCCCUGCCCUCCCUGCCCUCCCUGCGCUUCACGGAGCCAACGAGAGCCGUACCUCCCUGCAAACUGGACCUGACACUGGUGCCAACUGGACCGAGCCCGGGGCUCUCCCUGUCCUUGCUGCUGGCCGGGCACCCGGCUGGCACUGCCCAUGCCGAGCCGGGCACCCUGAGCCUCCCAGGCCUUCUCGGGGGCGGGGGCCGAGUCCCGCUCACUGUGCACUUUGCUUUGCUCACGUCUGUGUUACGCGGGCGAGGUCAUUAAAUGGGACGAUUUCCUUUUCUACA